AUGAAGGGCGGAAAAGGUUCUCGCGGUCGCUCGGGGGGCUCGGAUCGUGGAGGCAUUCGCAAGCGGGGUGCUGCGACACGGGUCGAUCGAGAAGGUGAUCUGAUGAUGGACGCUGGCUCUGCACGAAACCGUGGAAAGAAGGGUCGUGGCGAUUCUGGCCGGUCGCAAGCAGCGAACAAAGCCAUGGAUGCGAUCCAAAAGGCCAUCUCCAGUAACUCAGACACUCAAGCGAACAUCCGACAAGGAGGACGGGGAAGUGGUCUGGAACAGGUUAUUGUUCGUGGCUGGAAGCAAAGCAAGGCAGCUUCUAAUCGCGACGGCGGUCUUGAAUCCCUCAUCGCCUUCCUCGAAAAAAAACUCAGCCCACCCGACUCGAAAGCUGGCACACGCGCAAGGAUUACAAAGUCGCGGGUUGAAGGCGACGCUCUUAUCGUCUCUAUUCGGCCAGAGUUGUUGGAAAGGAUGCUUCAGCUCAAUGGGUUUAGUUUUGCAGGUGCCCCUCUUACCACCGAAAUGUAUGAUCCGUCUACUGGCGGAUUAUUGGACCAGCCUAUGCUGUCUGCUAUGGCACAAAAUGGCGGCACAUCCUCUGCUGCCGAGACCAAGGCGAAAAUGACGACAAUUCUCGGCAAGCGCUACACCCAGCAAACAAAGUUACUCGAUCUUUCGAAGUUGGGAACCGAUCCGGAUCUGUUGGCUAUGGGAAUCUUUGGCAGCACCUCUACCGAGUCAAAAUUCUUCCCGGCACUGAUGAAGGUUUGGGAGCUGAAUUUCGACAAUGCCACGGCGCGCCGAGAGGCAGUGGAGAGUGUCAGUCUCGCUCAUAACCAGCUUGCCAACAUCACAGCUGUGACGACACUAGCAUCGACAAUUCCCGACCUGAAAAAUCUGGACCUAUCCAACAAUGAAUUCAAAGAUGCGCAGUCCUUGAUUGGAUGGCGCUGGAAAUUCCGGAACCUCGAAUUUCUCGACCUAUCAAACACUCCUUUUAGCGCCGACCCUACUUUCAAGGAUACCAUGCUGAAGUGGUAUCCCAAGCUCCGGUUCCUGAACAAUGUCGAAGUCCGCACCGCAGAAGAAAUAGCGGCGCAGAAGAAGACUCCGAUUCCAGUGCAGCCACCACACUUCCAGGACGACUCUCAGAUCGCAGAGAACUUCGUCCGGGCUUUCUUCGCGGGCUACGACAACGACCGAAGCGGCAUUCUUAGCAGUGUCUACGACAACCACACUACGUUCACUCUCAAUGUGAACACAUCGGCUCCCAGGGCCCAACAAACAGAAACAGCGCCCUGGGAUGCUUAUAUUAAGAAAAGCAGAAACCUUCUCAAGAUCAGCCAUCUCCCUGCACGCAUGUCUAGGGUAUAUACCGGUGCGGAGAAGAUACGCGAGUUGUGGACUAGUCUUCCGGCGACAAGACAUCCUGACAUUGCGACGCACCCGGAAGAAUGGCUUAUCGAGUGCUACCCCAUCCCAGGUCUUCCUGAUAUUUCUGGACAGAGCUCCACGGGUGUUGGUGGUCUUCUCAUCAUGGUGCACGGAAAGUUCGACGAGAUAAACGGGGCCAAGGUUGAAACGCGCAGUUUCGAUCGAACAUUCAUCAUCGGGCCCGGUGGUGGUAUGGGCGGAAUUAGGGUCGUCAGUGAUCUUCUCUGCUUGCGAGCCUAUGGUGGACACGAGGCAUGGAUUCCAGAGGUUCCACCAGCCGCUCCCCAAGCAGCACCUCCAGCAGUUGCGGCUGCACCCGCAGCGCCUGCGGCACCUGCAGCACUACCCGUAGCUAUUCCGGGUGCCCCCGAAGGCUACGGCAUGCCGGCGCCUGGGAAAGCAGACACACAAGUCCAGCAAGAGCAGCUAGUACUUCAGAUGAGCUCUAAUACUCGGAUGACCCUUCAGUACUCUGAGAUGGCUUUGUCUGGAAACGGCUGGAAUAUGGAGGCUGCACUGAAGAACUUCGAGGAACUUAAGGCACAGGGAACACUGCCUCCAGAUGCUUUUCUACCUGCAGCAGUGUAAUAUGACCAAGGAGGGAAGGGCCAAUUCUUAAAAGUAAAAAAUGAAAAAGAAAAAGGAAGAAAAAGAAGAUAUACCAAAUGAACGAGGAAACAACUUCUCGAGCGAUUCUCCUCCAGACUUAGUCUGGUCUUCGCAUCCCCGGCUUUCGUCGGGAGGUUCCUGGUGGUGUUUGAUCGGAGUCGACUGUCUCUUUAUUUGUGAUUUGCUGAUGCAUGGCUUGGGCGAAUGGCUUCGGAGCUCGUUACAAUUGCUUUAAUUUCCCUUCGAUGUAUACUAAAAGACCACGAUGAUUUUCAUGUCCAUAUAGACGAGACCUGCGGUACAAGGGGUGGUUCAAUCAAACCAGAAACCUAGGAUCGAUUCUGGGGGCAAUGACUUCCAGGUCGAUGCCAC